AUGAGCGGGAUUCACAAGUUUCUUACUCGUCGUGACCGGCGCCGACAAGGCAAAGAAGAGAAUUCUCCUAAUGUUUCCUUGCCUAUUUUUCGUGGCCUUUUUGAAAAACAAGCCACAGCCGAGGAGAACCAAGAGCAUCAGCGAAAGACGCGAUUGAUCGAAGCCAAGAUCCGAGGAAUGGGUAUCAGUGGCCUUGAAGAGCGUCAUUUCAAUUAUGCUUUGCAUGCCACCAAGGAGGAUACCGACCAGGCGGUCACCCUGCUGUUGCUACUAGAGGACUCGAUUGAGGGUAUCAUCAGAACCUACAAACCAUCCACGAAGCUUCUGGGUGCAGAGAAUCGACAAGGUGUGACCUGUUACUUGGACGCCUUGCUUUUCGCCAUGUUUGCUCGGCUCGACUGCUUUGAAGCGAUUUUAUACAAAUCAUUCAACGAUGAGCCCCGUCGGAAGUUGGUCACUUUGCUGAGGUUGUGGGUCAAUCUGCUGCGAUCAGGUAAAUUGAUCACAGCUGAUAUGACGAAACACAUCCAAGAUGCCCUUGCUGAGUGUGGCUGGGAAGAUGCCGCUAAGCUGCAACAGCAGGACACCUCCGAAGCUUUUACCUUUAUAACGGAAAAGCUAGAACUUCCCCUACUCACGCUCAAGAUGGAUAUCUACCAUUUUGGGAAGGAAGACGCAAGUGGUGAUCACAAGUUCAUCAAUGAACGUUUGUUGGAAGUUGCCAUUCCGCCUGAACCUACAGAUGGUCGAACAAUCACCCUCGAAGAUUGCCUUGAGGCCUACUUCAACAACAGAAUUGAAGUGAAACGGUAUCUUGAGCGACGAAACACCCUGGGAUCUACCAGAUCAUUUGAAUCGCUGUCCACGACCAAAGGCUUCGCUUCUCACGUCGAGGAGGUUGGCUCCACUCCAAGACUUUCACCAGUCCAAUCCGUUCAAUCCAAUUCGCCUCGAAUUGGCAGAUUAGGCUCUUGGUCGUCCUUUUCGGAGUUCAACGAAUCUCUGUCGUCAGGACGAAGACUCAGUCGAAAGGAUAGCCUGGUUAGAGAGCGAUUUGUUCCCAACUCCUCAGACAGUCCAUCAUCUAGUGAUCAGGAUCCGUUUACGUCAGAUAAUUCUCAAAGGGGCAAUUAUCGGAAAGAAGUGAUGAUGCCGGCGUGGCAAUUCUUCAGUUUGAUACCAUGGUACACUGACAAUACACCAACCAGUGAUGCUCAAGUUGCAGCACACUUUUCUUCCAAAAGGCCUAUUCUGGGAAUAUGCCUGAAGCGCUACUCUUUCCUUCCGAAUGGAACAUCCGUCCGACUGAAUACGUUUGUUGACAUUCCAACCGAAAUUGGACUGCCACAUUUCAUCCAGGAUGACAACAUGGAUUCGAACGCUCCGAUCUAUGGGAACUUUAAGCUAUCUCUACAGUCGAUAGUCUGCCACAGAGGCAACUCGGUUGACUCAGGUCAUUACAUCGCCAUCGUCAGAGGUACAAGCCCUGUUCCACCAGGAUCGAGUGAUGGAACAGGUCCCAUUUCUUGCGAGGCACCUAAACACUGGAUGAGGUUUGAUGAUCUAGCAAAGGAACGGGUGACUCUUAUCGAUAUCGAGCAGGCUUUGAAAACCGAGUCACCAUACCUAUUGUUUUAUCAGAUUCUUCCAAUUGACCAAGACGCUUCCAUGGCUAACUACCAACACAAGCCAUCGUCCUCAGACGCAUCUGGCAGUACUUUGGAUGGCGACAUGACCGAAUUUGCUCGAAAGCUCUCCAACUUGUCAGCUGAAGAUAAAUUGGACACCGGCCUCUUUGAGGAUAUCUCCUCUGCUCGUCCCAGCGUUGAAAUCACCGGACCAGAUAAUGGCGCCCCGGCUUCACGAAAUAGCGAAAGACCAAGUAGCGUGCUAUUUUCAGAGAUCAAUCUACCUCCACCUCCAACGGCUCGAUCCAUGCCAUCAUCGUCGCCUCGAUUAACACCCAUGGACGAAGAUGGCGGCAAAGGAUUCCCUUUCGGACGUCGUGGAUCACGCACUACAAAAAGCAGCACAGGAAGCCGUGCUGGUAGCCAGUCCGGAGAAAACAGAAUCGGUGCUACUUUCUCACGAUUCGCCGGAAGGCUGAGCAAAGACAGAUUCACCAUUGAUAGCGAUGAUGAAUCUACUACCGUCGACAUGGAAAAUGCCAUGCACGAAGACGGCAAGCUGGAACCACCUGUUGAGAGCCGAGAUAAUAAAUUCGGCAGAGGCCGAACCAAGGAUCGUGUCCUGAAGGGCAAAAACAAAGAGAAAUCGAAGGAGAAGACCCGGAAUCCAGACCGGGAAUGCGUGGUGAUGUGA